AUGGUGGAGAUUGAAGCAACCAGAGGCAGACGAGUGACGAGCUGUUGUGGAGCCGGCCGUGACCACGUCCGUCGUGUGUGGUUCCUUCCGUCUGUUCCAAAACCAAACUUCCCAAGCUUGAUGACUGACUUCACGGCAUCAAACAUUGAAUGCGAAAAUCUCACCCCCACCCGCAUGUCCAACUUUUCUGAUCCCCGUCAUGGUGCAUGA